GGCACAACGCUCGCGAUCGACCCUCAAUCAUGCGCUCAUCUAUUCACGUCUGCCUGCCUGCUUCUGUCUGUCUGUCUGUCUGUCUGUCACUGUGUGUGGAAGGACUUCUCAUAGAAGUCCGGUGCGCAUGAGGUGACCGUCUUUGUCUGCAGGUACUCCAUGAAUCCCUCCCUGCCGCACUCGCGCCCGAAGCCUGACUGCUUGUAACCGCCGAACGGCUGCUCCUGGAACACUGGCUGCAGCGCAGCCGGGCAAUACACAUAUGUACAUGCAGGUGAGGCACGUGAUGUGAUUGUGGUUGGUUGACAGACAGACUGACUGACCUGCGAGCAGUUCUGCCACACCUGACCUGCCUCUAGCGCCGAUGUCACCCUGCAUGAGCACCGCACAGGUACGCAUCCAUACUCAUCUCCUGCAUAUGAUUCGCACGCACCUAUCUUUUCUCUGUGGAUCUCGUGUCAUGACAGCUGCGGCGAGACCAUACUCCGUCGCGUUGGCCUCCUACGCACAUGAAACACAUCCACACGCAUGGUUGGCUGCAGGUAGGUGUAUGUCUGCAGGUCACCUACCUCAAUCCCCUCUUCUUCUGUCUUGAAGGGCCGGACGCACAGCACCGGUCCGAAUAUUUCCUCUUGCCACAGCCGCGAUUGCGUCGGCACGUCUUUGUAUAUGGUGGGCUGAUCCACACAUGACACACACACAUACAGGGAGGAUCGGGUGGCGUCGCGUCCAUGCCAAACAGACGAAAGCGUACCUUUACGAAGUACCCCUGCUGCAGCCCCUCCGGUCUUUGUGUGUCGCCGCCCACCACAGAGGUGAGACCCUCAGCGGCAGCCGCCUCGAUGAAUCGCAACACCUGCACGUACAGAAAAGCGGAAAGUGCACAUCGCGCCGAUGACUAGAAGCAAUACAGGUGGGAAUACCUUUUGGUAUUGCUGUUCCGAUAUGAUGGGCCCCACAGUGACGUUUUCGUCAGAAGCGGGACCUGACCAACAGACACGAGAAGUAAGGGCAGAAGGGACUCUUGGCUGUGCUGUGUGUGCAGAUCCUACCGACGAUUAGUUUGGCUGCCGCCUCCUUCAGCUUGGUCAGCAGCUGCAGCGGACACACAGACACAGAGGCGCCUGUGUGUAGCUGUCGACCACUCAUCAACUCAUCUGACACACCUUGUCAUAGACAGACUCGUGCACCAGCAACCGGCUUGUCGCGCUGAAAUGGCCAAGGAAGGAGCGCAUGGGUACGUGACAGUCUCGUCCAUCCAUCCGUACGUAUGACCAUACCUGCAGACCUGUCCCGUGCCCCAGAAGAUGCCCGUCAUGAUCCAAUCUGCACCGAUGCAGGGGCAGAGAAGGGGCUGGGACGAGUGCACUCGUGCGUGCUUCUCUGUCUGUCUUUGCUCACCGACGACAGCGUCCAGGUUGACAUCGUCGAAGACAAGCAUGGGAGACUUGCCGCCCAGCUCCAAAUGCACCGGCUGACCGACAGACGGACAGGGUAGAACAACGAGCCAUCACAUCAGAUCACGUGUCAGGCUGGCACGAAAGCGCGGUCACCUUCAGGCCUUCAGCUGCGGUCUUCAUUAUCUGCCUUCCUGUAGUAGGCCGGCAGCGCAGAGAAUCGAUGUCGCAGUGGAUAUGUGAGUGCAUGUCAAUCGCGUACCCGUGGCAACCGAUCCCGUGAACGAGACCUUCCGAACUAGUGGGUGUGCCACGAUGGCAGCACCAGUAGACGGCCCCAAGCCCGUGAGCACAUUGAACACACCGGGAGGCAGCUCCGCUUCAUUGCACAGAGCAGCGAACUCUGCACGAACAGCACGAGUAAAUUAAGGCGGCUGUGCCGGUCCGCGCUUACCUACGCAAGUGAAGCUGGCAUAUUCGGAAGGCUUCAGGACACACGUGCACCCAGCUGCAUUCAGACACCGCACCGCACCCAUCCACAGACAGGCAGCAUCAUGAUGUGUAUCUAUGUGGUCACCUGCGAGUGCCGAUGCGAUCUUUUGGGUGGCCAUGAGCAGGGGAUAGUUCCAGGGAGCUGCAGCCGAUCGCAGAAUGAUCGCAUGUAUACGCAUGGAGCUGCGUGUCGUCGUACUUAUGAGUCCCACGACUCCAAUCGGCUCGUAGAUGACAUGCGCCUCAUAGUCAGAGGACGGGAUGGACACAGAGUGCGUCGCCGACCUGCACUCAGCCCGCCCACAUACGGGUCUCUCUCUCCCUUCUCUGCUUAUGUGUCAGCCGUCGGUUUCUCACUUUUCCAGUUCCCUUGCGAGCGUCGCGUUGUAUCUGAGCCCGGAAGCGACGGUCUCCAUGUCGACCACACUCUCGCGCAUCGGCUUCCCUGACGCGUGACAUGCAACAGACAAGGGACGCCAACAGGCAAGUGGUGGCCACACACGUCAUUCCUGUUUGCUGCGUGGCGUGAUACCGCAGUCCCAUGAUUCGAUGGCCGCCAGCUUCUGCACGUUGUCCUCAACGAGCUUGGCAAUGCGAUCGAGAUACUCCGCCCGCUGAGAUCCCGGCGUGGCUGCCCAGGAUGCCUUUGCACGGUGAGCACACUGCACGCACAUAAACACACUCAUGCGAUGAAUUGAUGAGUGCAUCUAGUGCAUCUUCCCUCUCACCUUGACGGCCGCAUCUACAUCCUCUUUGGAAGCUUUGGGCAGGGUGGCCAUCAGAUCGGCUGUGGCUGGGUCGUGUGUGUUGAAUGUGUCGGUGCCGAGGGAUGGGUGGAACUGGCCGCCGUAGAACAGACACUUUCCCUGCAGCACCAGGGGCGUGUACGGCAUCGACUGCAGGAGGCGGGGCAGCGCUGGCACCUUCAUCCCGCUGCUUCGUUGCAUCGAUGAGUCCAACGCGGC